CGGUUCCGGGCCCCGGCGGGGCGGGGCGGGAGCGCAAGAUGGCGGACCAGAUCCCGCUGCGCCGGGUGCCGGGCAGCGCCCAGCGGAGAGCGGCCUACUACGCCAGCGCCUCGGCGGCGCAAAGGCACAACAGGUACCAAGUGGAAGAUGAGUCCUCCCAUUUGGAUGAAAUGCCAUUAAUGAUGUCAGAAGAAGGAUUUGAAAAUGAUGAAAGUGAUUAUCAUACUUUACCAAGAGCCAGAGUUUCUCAGAGAAAGAGAGGCUUAGAAUGGUUUAUCUGUGGUGGAUGGAAAUUCCUUUGCACCAGUUGCUGUGAAUGGCUCAUAAACAUAUGCCGAAGAAAGAAAGAACUAAAAGCGCGGACAGUGUGGCUUGGGUGUCCAGAAAAAUGUGAAGAAAAAUAUCCAAGAAAUUCCAUAAAAAAUCAGAAAUAUAACAUCUUUACAUUUAUACCUGGGGUUUUAUAUGAGCAGUUCAAGUUUUUCUUGAACCUCUAUUUUCUCGUCGUGUCGUGCUCACAGUUUGUACCAGCAUUGAAAAUAGGCUACCUGUACACCUACUGGGCUCCUCUGGGAUUUGUUUUGGCUGUCACAGUGGCGCGGGAGGCUGUUGAUGAAUUUCGGCGCUACCAGCGGGACAAGGAAAUGAAUUCACAGUUGUAUAGCAAGUUGACAGUACGAGGUAAAGUGCAAGUUAAGAGUUCAGACAUACAAGUUGGAGACCUCCUCAUAGUGGAAAAGAAUCAACGAAUCCCAUCUGAUAUGGUGUUUCUCAGAACUUCGGAGAAAACUGGUUCAUGUUUUAUUCGAACUGACCAGCUUGAUGGUGAAACAGACUGGAAGCUAAAAGUUGCUGUUGGUUGCACACAAAGACUGCCAGCACUGGGGGACCUUUUUUCAAUCAAUGCUUAUGUUUAUGCUCAAAAGCCACAACUGGAUAUUCACAGUUUUGAGGGUACCUUCACACGGGAAGACAGUGAUCCAGCUGUUCAUGAAAGCCUUAGCAUAGAAAAUACAUUAUGGGCAAGCACUGUUGUUGCUUCAGGAACAGUAAUUGGUGUUGUCAUUUACACUGGGAAGGAGACACGAAGUGUAAUGAACACAUCCAAUCCAAAAAACAAGAUUGGUUUGCUGGACCUUGAACUGAAUCAACUGACCAAAGCCCUGUUUUUGGCUCUCGUUGCACUGUCAGUUGUUAUGGUAACCUUGCAAGGAUUUGUGGGUCCAUGGUACCGCAACCUUUUUCGGUUCCUCCUCCUGUUUUCCUACAUUAUCCCCAUCAGUUUACGUGUGAACUUAGACAUGGGCAAAGCAGCCUAUGGGUGGAUGAUUAUGAAGGAUGACAAUAUACCUGGAACAGUUGUCCGAACCAGCACCAUACCAGAAGAAUUGGGUCGUUUAGUAUAUUUGCUAACAGAUAAAACAGGAACGCUGACCCAGAAUGAGAUGAUAUUUAAGCGCCUCCACCUAGGUACUGUCUCUUAUGGAACAGAUACAAUGGAUGAAAUUCAGAAUCAUAUUAUAGGUUCUUACUCACAGAUGCAUUCCCAGUCCAGUGGAAACAGUACCAGUUCAACACCUUCCAGAAAAACCCAGUCUUCUGCACCCAAAGUCCGCAAGAGUGUCAGCAGUCGUAUACAUGAAGCUGUGAAAGCUAUUGCACUGUGUCACAACGUAACUCCUGUGUAUGAAUCCCGCACUGGAGUGACUGCAGAAACAGAAUAUGCAGAAGUGGAUCAAGACUUCAGUGAUGAAAAUCGUACAUACCAGGCUUCCAGCCCUGAUGAGGUAGCUCUGGUGCAAUGGACAGAAAGUGUUGGUCUUACUCUGGUUAACAGGGAUCUGACCUCAAUGCAACUGAAGACCCCUGGUGGACAGAUUUUGACAUACUAUAUUCUCCAAAUUUUUCCCUUCACAUCAGAAAGCAAGCGCAUGGGAAUCAUAGUCAGGGAUGAAUCUACAGGGGAAAUCACAUUUUACAUGAAAGGUGCAGAUGUUGCAAUGUCCACCAUCGUACAGUACAAUGAUUGGUUAGAAGAGGAGUGUGGCAACAUGGCACGAGAAGGAUUGCGCACUCUGGUUGUUGCCAAAAAGUCAUUAACAGAAGAACAAUACCAAGAUUUUGAGAAUAGAUAUAACCAAGCAAAGUUAAGCAUACAUGAUAGAGCCCUGAAGGUUGCUGCUGUUGUGGAGAGUUUGGAGAGAGAAAUGGAAUUGCUAUGUCUCACUGGAGUAGAGGAUCAGCUACAAGCUGAUGUUAGACCAACUCUGGAAAUGCUGAGAAAUGCUGGAAUAAAGAUAUGGAUGCUAACAGGAGAUAAACUGGAGACAGCUACUUGUAUUGCAAAAAGUUCCCACUUAGUAUCUAGAACUCAAGAUGUUCACAUUUUCAGACCGGUAACCAAUCGAGGAGAAGCUCACUUAGAACUAAAUGCCUUUAGAAGAAAGCAUGACUGUGCCUUGGUGAUAUCUGGUGACUCUCUAGAGGUUUGUCUGAAAUAUUAUGAACAUGAGUUUGUAGAGCUGGCAUGCCAGUGCCCUGCUGUAGUGUGCUGUCGCUGUUCACCGACCCAGAAAGCCCAUAUUGUGAAACUCUUACAACACCACACUGGAAAACGCACAUGUGCAAUAGGUGAUGGAGGAAAUGAUGUCAGUAUGAUUCAAGCAGCAGACUGUGGAAUUGGAAUUGAAGGCAAGGAGGGAAAGCAAGCUUCCUUGGCAGCUGACUUUUCUAUCACACAGUUUAAACAUAUAGGCAGGCUGCUGAUGGUACACGGUCGAAACAGUUACAAAAGAUCAGCAGCACUUGGUCAAUUUGUCAUGCACAGGGGCCUUAUUAUUUCAACUAUGCAGGCUGUAUUUUCUUCAGUCUUCUAUUUUGCAUCUGUUCCUUUGUACCAGGGAUUUCUAAUGGUGGGGUAUGCAACUAUAUACACUAUGUUCCCAGUCUUCUCUUUAGUGUUGGAUCAGGAUGUGAAACCAGAAAUGGCAUUGCUAUAUCCAGAACUUUAUAAGGAUCUCACAAAGGGAAGAUCCUUGUCUUUUAAGACCUUCUUCAUCUGGGUUUUAAUCAGUAUUUACCAAGGUGGUAUUCUGAUGUAUGGAGCCCUGCUGCUUUUUGAAUCAGAAUUUGUACAUGUUGUUGCCAUUUCCUUUACUGCCCUAAUCUUGACUGAGCUCUUGAUGGUUGCACUGACCAUACGAACAUGGCACUGGUUAAUGGUGGUGGCUGAAUUCCUCAGUCUUGGCUGCUAUGUGGCCUCCCUUGCAUUUCUAAAUGAAUAUUUUGGUAUAGGCAGAGUGUCUUUUGGAGCUUUCUUAGAUGUUGCCUUUAUCACAACUGUGACCUUCCUGUGGAAAGUGUCAGCAAUCACUGUUGUAAGCUGUCUUCCACUUUACAUACUCAAGUACUUGAAGCGUAAAUUUUCUCCUCCAAGUUACUCCAAGCUUACCUCGUAAAAAUGACUAUAUUCCUACAGUUUUUUCCACCAAGGCACUGAGAAUUGCUUAAGCAGACUCCUUGUGCUUCAAUGAGAGCAAAUAUGUCAAAUGUUAAAGAAAUUAAAAAAAAGAAAAGAAAAGUGAAGUGAACAGAGCACAAAAAAGGAGGGAAUGUCUGACAGGUACUUGUAGAGAAGUACACUUUACCAUCAAAUAUAAACUAAUCUUCAUUUUCAUGUUGGUUUUUCUUUAACUUCCAGUUGCUACAGUUAUGAAAUAAACCGAAUUAACCUUUGAGUUGACAAUGCUUUUGAAUGGUUUUGUUUCUGUUGUAAAGGAUUUUUUCCUACUGCACUAAUCUUCUGCAAGUUGAACUGAAAGCUUAAUAUUCCAUUCUUUCCCAACAAAUUCCAAUUCUUUCCUUGAUGUUUAUAUAUACAAAUAUUCAUUCCUGUUUAAAUACAAUACCACAAACCUAGAAUCUGUAAAUGCCAUUGUCUGUAUUUGCUGCUAUAUAUUACUCGUCAUCAAACAUGGAUAAUAUGCACUAUUUGAAUUAUGUACAGAUGUCUUCAUAGCACAGUAUUACUUUAGGAGCUGUUGUCCUCUUUUCUGUGAUCUCCAUUCCUGGCACUGGUAAAUAUUAACAGAUAUGUGAAUUCUGUGAUAUUGACAGCAGUUCUUUAAAUGCACAUGAAAGCCAAGUUGCACAAAAUCUGUAAAAAUUCCUGUACAUAAUUCCAUUGCACCUACUGAUUUGUACAGAACAUCAAAGACAUUGCUGUUCAGUAAAUGUUUUAAAAAUUCCUAGCCAUUUUGUAUUUGUAAAACUGCAAAUAGAUAGUGUCAAGGUGCAUUUCUAUAUAUCAGAAGUCCUAUAAACCUUGUAUUAGCGGCUAUGUUUAAAUUGCCUUGUAAUCUGUUUACUUAGGUUACUCAGGUAAAAAGAAAUGAGAUGAACAUUUUAUGUUAUGGUAGGAAAAUAUAUCAUUUUUCAAGAUGUAAUGUUUAUGUUUUUAUAAUCCAGAUUGUUAGUUACAAAAGAACUGAGGCAAGAUCUUCCUUGUCUGCUUUAAAUUGUCAUGGUUCUUCCCUGGACCUAUGACUCUUUAUGCCAGCUGAAGAUCUGCCCAGAAAGUGAUAUUCACUCUUCUGAUACAAUAUGAAGGUCUGAACCAUAUGUACUGUAUUGGGAUGCAGGCUAUCUGUUAUUUUAUUUCCCAUUGUGGUAGAAAAAAUUGCUUUUUAUGCAAUACAUAUGACAGAUUAUUUGGCAUGGUCCAUCAUCAACUGAAAGAAAAAGCAUAAUUAUCCAUACUUCUUUAUUAAAAUUAUAUUUAUUUGUACAUUUUUUAAAACACUUUAUAUUGAUGUUAUUUUUAUCACAGAUCUUUUUUGUUUGACUGUCUUUUUUACAUAAUUCCUUGCGUCUGACAUGUCCCUUAAAUCAUUUAUUACAAUGUUGUAUGAGUGAAACUUUUGCAGUGAUUAACAAUCUAACCACUUUCAUAAAACAAAGCUGUUGCAGAGCUGUUUGAACUGCACUACACUCCAUUUGUUUCAUUUUGAGAAUUUUUUUUACCAGUUACCUGCUUCUUAUUUUUUUUAACCUUUCAUUCUUCUUUAUAAAAGCAAUAAAGCCUAAUUUCUACCAAACACUAUUUAUGGUAUAUGUAU